CCCCAAACAGGCGCAUGCCAUGACGUACUUCCUGGGAAUUGUAGGCCAUUUGUGAUUACCAGGGAUUUGUGUACGGAUGUAUUACGGAGCCCGUUAUGUCUGUAGAACAAUAAAGAAGACGCUACCGAUGGCACGUGACACCACAGAGGUUUUGUUCGCAAACAUUUAAAUAUUAAGUAAACCAUGUAAACUGGCAGACACAAGAUUAAUAAAUAAUUAAAGAUAAAGGACUACAGGAAGACGCGCGCGCCGUUGAAAGUUUCAUCGAUCUGCGUGCUCUCGCCGCGUGAUGCUGAGUUGAGUUCGCGGGGGUCUCGCGGAACGGCUCGAACACUCCGUAACGGGUUCUCAGUGGAUGUACUUUACAUUUCUGUCGUGAGCGGAGUUCAUUUCGGAGCUGUAGUCUGAAAUGUGAGCCCGUUACCGGAUUCCGAGGCUCUGUAAAGCGCAAUGACAGCUCAGUUCGUGUUUGAGGAGGGGUCAACGGUCUCAUAUCUGAGGUCAUUACAGUGCUGAAUUCACAGUGCAACCCACAGAUGCAUUAAAAAACAAACUUCAUCACCAGAAGGCUUGGAGACGAAGCACUCCUCUUCAUGGAGGGCCGCUGGACCCUGCUGCCGUUUCUGGGGGCGUACCUGGUCCACCUUGGCUUGAUUACAGGCCAAGGCAUCUACACCAACACGUGGGCCGUCCACAUUGAAAGGGGAGCCAGGGAGGCUGAGAGGAUUGCACACAAACAUGGUUUCAUCAGUCACGGGCAGGUUUUCGGGGAUUAUUAUCAUUUCCAGCACAGGGGUGUGGUGAGGAGGUCUUUGUCCGGCCAUCGCGGGGUUCAUGUCCAACUGCACACCGAGCCACAGGUGAUUUGGGCAGAGCAGCAGAUUGCCAAGCGAAGACACAAGAGAGACAUUCAUAUUGAACCCACAGAUCCAAAAUUCCCCCAGCAGUGGUACCUGUACAACCCCAGUCAUGGAGACCUGAAUGUGAAGGAGGCCUGGGCUCAGGGCUUCACAGGAAGAGGAGUGGUCGUGACCAUUCUAGAUGACGGCAUUGAGAAAGAUCACCCCGAUCUAGUGAGAAACUAUGAUCCUGAUGCCAGUUAUGAUGUGAAUGACAGAGAUCCGGACCCUCAGCCCAGAUACACACAGCUGAAUGACAACAGACACGGGACACGUUGUGCCGGGGAGGUGGCAGCAGCAGCAAACAAUGGCGUCUGUGGAGUGGGUGUGGCCUACAAUGCCAAAAUCGGAGGUGUGCGGAUGUUGGACGGAGAGGUAACAGAUGUUGUGGAGGCUCAGUCUCUGAGCUUGAACUCCCAGCACAUCCACAUUUACAGCGCCAGCUGGGGCCCAGAGGAUGAUGGGAAGACUGUGGAUGGCCCUGCCAAACUAGCCAAAGAAGCUUUCCUUCAGGGGGUUACUGAGGGUCGAGGUGGCCUGGGCUCUAUCUUCGUGUGGGCAUCGGGUAACGGAGGGCGAGAGCGGGACAGCUGCAACUGUGACGGAUACACCAACAGUAUCUACACGCUCUCCAUCAGCAGCACCACACAGUAUGGCAAUGUGCCGUGGUACAGUGAGGCCUGUUCCUCCACCCUCGCCACCACCUAUAGCAGCGGAAACCUCAACGAGAAACAGAUUGUGACGACGGACCUGAGGAAGAAGUGUACAGACUCGCACACGGGCACAUCCGCCUCGGCUCCCCUGGCCGCGGGAAUCAUCGCUCUCGCUCUGGAGGCCAACAUGAACCUGACCUGGAGAGACAUGCAGCAUCUCGUUGUGCGAACAUCACGUCCUGCCCACCUAAUAACCAACGACUGGAGGACCAAUGGCAUGGGGCGAUUAGUGAGCCAUUCUUACGGCUAUGGUCUGCUGGAUGCUAGUGCCAUGGUCGCUUUGGCCCAGAACUGGAGCAGCGUGGGGCCGCAGCACAAAUGUGUCAUUAAUAUGCUGACCGAGCCCAGGGACAUAAGAAAACACCUGAUCUUCAGCAGAAGUGUAGAGGCCUGCUCUGGGCAGCCGGAUUUUGUGAGCUCUUUGGAGCAUGUGCAGGCCAGACUCACCCUCACUUAUAACCACAGAGGAAACCUGGCUGUUCACCUCAUCAGCCCACUGGGAACUCGCUCCACGCUGCUGGCUCCACGGGCUCAGGAUAACUCAGCCGAAGGGUUCAACGACUGGGCAUUCAUGACCACUCACUCCUGGGAUGAGGACCCUCGGGGAGAAUGGACACUGGAGAUUGAGAAUGUGGCUGGACUUAAUGAUUAUGGCAUUCUUUCUCAGUUCACCCUCAUCUUAUAUGGCACCGGCUCCAGUGCCACAGAUCCGUCCAUUUCUGAUUACAACCGGCCUUCAAACAACAGCUGCAAAACCUUUGACACCCAGCAGAUCUGCAUCGAAUGCAGCACAGGUUUCUCGCUUUUCUUACAAGGCUGCGUGAAGUCCUGCCCUCCCGGCUUCAGCUCUGGGCUGCAGGUGCUCAACUUGUCGUUGGACAACUGGGUGGAGCACUCUACCGUACAGGCGUGCCUGCCCUGCCACCCGUCCUGCCUGACGUGCUUCGGGUCUGGGGAGAACGAAUGUCUUUCCUGUCCCUCCCACAGUCACUUAGUUGUCACUUCUUGUUUGCAGCAGAACCAGCGAAAAUCGCCCAGCAUUCCUGUGCUCCAGCACGAGGUGGAUCCGAACUCGGAUAAAUCCUUGCACGAGCCCGGAUUAUCCUCGAGAUUGCCGGCGCUGGUGGCGGUGCUCAGCUGUGCCUUCAUCCUGGCCACUUUUGCAGCCGUUUUUGUGCUGCUUCAGCUACACUCCGGAGCAGCCAGUGCCCCGUUCUGCCGGAGGAAGAAACUGCCGGUGAUGGACAUGGGCGGAGGGGGGAUACGAGUGGGCUUCGGGUUCGGACUCAGCCGGGGGAAAGUGUCGUACCGGGGGAUCCCCACUGUGUGGGGGGACGAGGAUACGGCGGGAGGGAUGAACUCUGAGUCAGACAGCGAAGAGCUGGAGUAUCACAGCGAAAAGACUGCUUUUAUACGGACUCAGAGCGCUCUUUAGCGCCCCACAUAGGUGUUUUUUUAACAUCUGUCUUCCUUGUACUGGGAUACAGAACUAGUCUGCACUACUCAGACUUAUAGAUCCACUGCGAUGUUUG